AUGUCAUAUUUUGACAGUUUGUGACAUUACGUAAUGGCAGAAACUUGGUAGUUAGUCAGUCUGUCACUAAAAUCUUUAAAAAUUCCCCUUAAUUUGUUAUACAAUGGCUUUACCGGUGCGGAUUUUAUCUCGUUGCAAAGAUGGCUUAAAGCUUGGCAACAUUAGAUACUCAAGUAACACACCAUACACUCAGACUCGGAAAAACUUGGCAUUAACAAGUGAGACCAAAGUCAUUGUACAGGGGUUCACUGGCAAACAGGGUACCUUCCACAGCCAACAAGCUCUUGAUUAUGGAACUAAGAUUGUUGGUGGUGUGUCGCCAAAGAAGGCUGGUACUGAACAUCUGGGUAGGCCAGUGUUUGGUACUGUGAGGGAGGCAAAGGAAAAGACAGGGGCCGAGGCGAGUGUUAUCUAUGUGCCCCCCCCUGGUGCUGCGGCUGCCAUUUUAGAAGCAAUCGAGGCUGAAGUGCCGCUUAUUGUAUGCAUCACUGAGGGAGUGCCACAGCAUGACAUGGUGCGUGUAAAACAUGCGCUGUUACGUCAGAACAAAUCCAGGUUGGUGGGCCCUAACUGCCCAGGGAUCAUUGCUCCGGAGAAAUGCAAAAUUGGUAUCAUGCCGGCGGCGGUACACAAAAAAGGUUGCAUCGGAGUUGUCUCUCGAUCUGGUACAUUAACGUACGAAGCUUGCCAUCAAACUACUGAAACUGGUCUGGGUCAAACCCUUUGCGUGGGUAUCGGAGGUGACCCAUUCAACGGUACAGACUUCAUUGACUGCCUGGAAGUGUUCCUGAACGAUCCAGAGACGAAGGGUAUUAUUCUCAUUGGUGAGAUUGGCGGGAACGCGGAGGAACUCGCCUCUGAAUACUUGAUUCAGAAUAACACUAGCAAGGGACAAAAGGCCAAGCCUGUGGUGUCGUUCAUCGCAGGGCUCACGGCGCCGCCGGGCCGGCGGAUGGGCCACGCGGGAGCCAUCAUCUCGGGCGGCAAAGGAGGCGCCAUGGACAAGAUCAAAGCGCUCGAGAAAGCCAACGUUAUAGUCACACGCUCACCCGCUAAAAUGGGCGUUGAACUAUUCAAGGAAAUGAAACGAUUAGAAAUUGUCUAACUCCGUGAAUAAACUACAACUAUACAAUUGUACACGCUCUGUCCAUUUACUUUGUAUAGACUUUUAGCAAUUAUACAGAAUUUAUUUAUUAUCCACCGUUGUUUAUGUCGGCGAGUAUCUGAUGUCUUGGAUCUAUGGAUUGAUGUGCGAUUAUGUAACAGUCAUGCGCGUAGCCGGCAGUGUUAGCCGAGAUGGGCCUGGUGUGUAAAACGUAUUUUGAUUGUUGUUAUAAGAAUAGGGAUGAUGACUACUAGUCAAAUCAGCGACUUUUUAUCAAACGACAAAACGCUCGCUUAGUAUGGGAGCUUGUAUGAAAUACACAGAUGUGACGUCAUAACAUUUGAAGUACUUUUUUAGUUUAAUCGAUAAUUUAAAAUGGUUGUCAAACUUAAAACUAUCAGUGAAUGUGGAUUUUACGAAUUUUGGAAGACCCGCUAUUUAAUAAUAACUUAAAAAAUAAUUUAUUUUUGACCUAGGCAUUAUCCCCAUUUGAUAUUUACGAAAAAUUUUGGUCUGUUUAACUUUUUUUGCGAUACACGUUAGGCCCUAAGCACACGCGAUACUUAUAGGUGCUAUUAACUGCCAUCAUCGUAUUAUUGUUGUCUUACAUUUUUAGGUGUCCGGCCUGGCUACGCCUAUGAUACAUGAGUAUUUUUUUGUUUGUGUUCAAAAUCUCAUUUCAAAACGCACGGUAUACUUACACCUAAUUAAAAAAGCACUCAAUUAUAAUAAUUGUAACGUAAAACGUAAGUGAUAAAUAAUCUGAUGAAAUAUCCACUCCUAAAACCGGAAAAAUAUUAAUGUGUCGUGUUGUGUAAUGACGCAUCAGAAGCAUAUCGGUAACCAUAAUAAAUGUAUGAAAACGAUAUGCUUCUGGCGCGUCACAGCACAACACAUUAUAUUUCCGGUUUAAGUUACCAUACAAUAUGUAUUGUAGGGGAAGCUUGAAUUUGUUGUAUUUUUAAAUAAUAUAAUGUGUAUAUUCUAAUCAUGGAUAAAGCCUUUUAAGACCUGUUUAAAACUUUAUUGAUGUGAAAUAAUAAAAACAAAUAUUAGA